UAUCAGUGAAGGCAAUUAUAUGCGAUGCGCCUGCGCGCUCAUUCAUCCUUUUGACUAAAGGCCACUCUGGCUAUAGUAGUUGUCCGAAGUGCACAUGUGAAGGUGCUUACAGAGGAGGCAGGGUAGUUCUUUUGGAGACAUGUUGUGAAAUGCGCACCGAUGGCAGCUUUCGGCAACAACAAGAUGUGGAUCACCACAAGGGUACCUCUGUGCUUGUUGAUUUGCCAAUUGACACAGUGAGAGACUUUCCACUGGACUAUAUGCAUUUAGUGCUGCUUGGUGUUGUAAAAAAACUCUUGCUGCUUUGGUUGUCUGGGCCACUGUCCGUUCGUGUUGGCCCGCUUGAGCGCAAGCGCAUGAAUGAGGCCAGUGAAAAUUUGAAGGAGCACAUUCCUUUAGAAUUCUCCAGAAAAACACGUCCCGUUACAGAAGUUGAACGAUGGAAAGCUGCGGAACUCCGUCUCUUUUUGUUUUACACUGGCCCCGUUAUACUGAAAUCUGUGCUGAGCCACAACCUGUAUGAAAACUUCAUAGUUCUGCAUUCUUCACUCUCUAUUCUUGCUAACAGGGAAUUGUGUUCUCAUCAUGCUGACUAUGCUGGAGCUCUACUUAGGCACUUUGUUCACACCUUCACUACAAUCUAUGGAGAAGAACAAGUUUCAUACAAUGUUCAUUGCCUUAUACACCUUGCAGAAGAUGUUAAGUUUCAUGGACCUGUUGACACGUUCAGUGCUUUCCCCUUUGAAAAUAACAUGCGUCAUAUCAAAAAAGAGCUCCGAAAGCACGAGAAGCCAUUACAACAACUACGAAAUAGAAUGUUGGAAAGGUUACAGCUCCCACCUGUGCCUCUUGAAGACUCGGCAGAUUUUGAGCUCAUUCGCCCGCAGGACACUGGACCUUUGCCACCCAACUGCACCGGUCCUGAAUUUGGUGCAGCUAGAUGCGGCACUUUCCUGCUUAGUGGAUCUACUGGCAACAAUUGUGUAAUGCUUGACGGUCAUAUUAUUGUUGUGCAGAAGUUUUGCUAUCUGAAAGCUUCAAACGAAGUUUGCAUUGUUGGACAAGAAUUUUGUCACAGAGAAGACUUUUACACAUCACCUUUUGAGUCCUCACGAAUAGGAAUUUUUUUGGUCUCCAAGCUGUCAAGGAAUAAAGUAUGGCCUCUAAGGAAUCCCCGAAAAAUGCUGUUGCUGCCUCAUGCCAGCCAAUACAUAGUUCUUCCAGAGAUCCAUACGAACUGGAUUGCAUAGUUUUCCUGCCCGUUUUCAUUCUAUCAGUGGGUCCGUGUAGCACCUGCUUUUCAGUUUUGUAAUCAAUGCUUGAUCCAAUAUGAUGUCUCUUUUCUUUGAAGAAAAAGUGGUUUAUGUUCAUGCAAAGUUCUGUUUCCAGAUGGCUUACGCAAUUGUCGAUUUUAUUGGUCGAAAAGAGGUAGAGGUUGUACCAUCCUCGUGGAUCUCAGGCAACGUAUGCAUGUGGCCAAAAGUGCCAUUGGAUCGGCUGACAUCUAUGAUAAAAAAAAGCAUCCAUGUUCCUACUCGCCACCAUGGCAAGGAUACGAGGUCGAGGUGAAGGGGCUGUUCGGAUCAUAUGAUCAAGCGCGCAGAAAGUUGGACAAGUCACAGUACACUUCAGACCUCGGGAGCGACUCCGAACCACCACAAAAGAGAAGACGAACCCCAGCUGUAGUGUGGGAACCUUGCCAAUCGUCUGACAGCCAGCACUCUGAAGAUUUGCCACCGCCACCAGUGCCAGCUAACUUUCCCCAGGCUACCUUCCCUGCAUCGCCUUGCUCAUCUGCAUCGGUUGCGUCACCUAUGCCAGGGACCUCACCCAUACCAGCCUUCCUCGCCUCUGCCAGUGGCGCCACGUUUGUCAGCUGCCCCACCUUUGUCAGCUGCCCCACCUUUGUCAGCUGCCCCACCUUUGCCAGCUGCCCCACCUUUGCCAGCUGCCCCACCUUUGCCAGCUGCCCCACCUUUGCCAACUGCCCCACCCCCAGCGCCAGUCGUACCAUCUUUGCCAGCUGCUUCACCUGCCCCAGCCACAUUACCACCACAUGGCAAGCUCAGCUACGCAGUAGUACUUUUUCUUAUGACUAA